AUGUCCUUUGAAUACCGCAAGACUUUUGGGCCCUAUAAUCCAUUGGCAAAGGAAAUGAAAUUGAAAAGAGGCGUCACCUCAGGCGUUCGCCAUCCCACUACUUCAUCUUGUCAGUGGUCUAGUCUUGAGGAGAUUGAGAAACUCCUGCCCACGGAGCUCAUACGCCUGAUCAUUUUGAUUUUGCUCGACUCGCAUGAUGGUCUUCACACAAUCCAGGAAUUAUUCAACGAAGGGCGGCAUCUAAAGUUUGUGGAAAAUAUUGAUAUCGUGCUAUCAAGCAGAUCGACCCAUAAUUUUGUUCACGACCACUGGAAGCUGCAUACGUCUUGUUCUGAUCUCAUUAAUUGCAUUAGUUGCAAGGAGAGUUGUACCAGGGAAGAACAACCUGAAGACUUGGUGUCAUGGACCGUGAAGAAUUGCAUCCCUUGCUUGAAUAUUUUGAUCAAAAAGGCUAUCCGGCCCUUGACCUUCAACGCACGAGGAUACGGCUUGCUCUGGGUUGCAUUUUCGGCUGGUAAUGAAGAAGCGGGGGCCUUCAUACUAUCAUCAAUGAGACUCGAUGAGUUUUUCCAGCCAAUUAACAUUGGUGAUGGCCAGGAAAAGGGGGUUACGGUAAUUCAGGCUUCCACCUGGCGACGACGUUGGUUCGAGUUAGCCUGGGAUAGAAUUCAAGAAGAACCAGGCCUCGACUGGGCUUGUUUUGGGCCAGAAGCCAUUCAAAACGUGGCUUGGCUCGCUGAUAUUGGUCUAGCAAGCUCCCUAUUUUGUCGCGGGUUAGAUCUCGGCGCACCAGACGAAGAAGACCAAUCGCCGGGUUGGUAUGCGGUUCUGAGAAAAGACAACACAGGAAACACAGACAACACAAUAGUCAUGUGGGAGUGGUUUGCCAAACGCCAUCAACCACCUCAAGACUUAAUUGUCUGUGCUGUUAUGGACGGAAAGAUCGCUGCCGUAAAAUGGUUGUUGAGCUACGUUAAAGCCCCGGAGGUCUGGCACCGUGUUUUGAUGGCCGCAGCCGACGUGAUGACUAUUAAUCAUGCGGAACUCCUGGAAAUACUUCUCGAAUUUCAGCCUUUGCGACGGGCAAUAAAUAAGACCGAUCUUGAAAACACGUUGAUCGAUAUCGUUCGGAACACUUGCCAGAAAAGCACAAUGUGGAUUGGCACCAUUUCAGAGCAAUCCUUUUUAAGUAUUCCCCGAAAGGAUUCUGUCUUGGAAGACAUCGCUGUGCGGAAAAUACAGGCCAUUGGGCGUUGCGGUGCUGCAUUGGAUGUCUUGGGUUUGGCCGUUCAGUCUGAGGAGGCUGGACUGCACCGUAUUACUGAAGCUCUAAGCAUUUUUUCGCAAUCCCCUGCUUCUGAGUUGUAA